AUGGAAGGUUCCAAGAUCGCGGAUAAGUUGGACGCCCUCGCUCAGACACUGAGUGGAGUGGCCCAGAAGCUCAGAGCCGGGAAGGUCUCCCUGCAGACCGACACGGAACAGCGAAUGGAGCUUGUUAAAGCAGGCAACGAAUUGAUCAAUACCGUCAGCCAGCCUGAAGACAAGGUUCACUUGUAUCUAACCCAGCUUUGCCACAUGACUGCCCUCCGCCUGUUCCUGAAGUGGGAUGCCUUCGACAAGAUUCCCAAGGGAAGACGUUCCGACGGAACGCCGCUCACCAUCUCGUACAUCCAGUUGGCCAACAAGCUGGGCGCCGAUGUGUCCUUGAUCACUCGUCUUGGCAAGGUACUUGUGGCCAACGGCACUCUGGAACAGAGAAUCGAGAUAGUCGAGCGCCUCGCGCAUACGCCAUUCUCUGCGCGCCUUACCACUCCGCAGCAGAAGGCAACAAUGGAGUUACUAUUCGAGGACCACUGUCCUACACUCAUGGCCUUGCCGGACUACUUCAACCACUUCGGCCGGAUCGAACCCAAGGACCGCCUGCAGACCCCCGUGGCGUUUGCGGCAGGCAUGCUCGGCUCCCCUGCCUGGGACAUCAUCCAAAGCGAUGAGCGGCGCCGCAAGACCUUCAUGCUCGCCAUGAGCACUGGAUUGGAGUGGGCUAUCUUUCAGUCCACCUACGACUUCAGCUGGAUUGUCAGAGAGGCCAAGAAACAGCCAUCGGACCGCGUGAUUUUCGUCGAUGUCGGCGGUGGAAGAGGCCAGGUUCUCAAGAACCUCUUCGACACAUACCCGACGCUGCCGCGCGAGCAGUGUGUUCUGGAGGACUUGCCUGGCGUCAUCGACCAGGCAAAGCGGGAGCAGCAGCCCGAGCUGGCUGGUGUGCAGAUGGUCGGUAUGGACUUCCAUAAGGAACAGCCCAUCAAGGGUGCUCUAGUGUACUACAUCCGACGCUGCCUGCAUGACUACCACGACGAAACGUGCGUCGGGAUUCUGCGGCAGAUCGCCAACGCCAUGGUCCUAGAUAGCAGACUGCUGAUCUCGGAGACGGUGAUUAACAAUCCGCCGACGGCGUAUCAGAGCGCGAUAGACCUCAUGAUGCUCCUCCUUUCGGGCAAGGAGCGCGGGCUGGAUGGCUUCAAGGAGAUGGCGGAUCAAGCGGGCCUCGUGGUCACGCAGGCGCUCUAUGCGCGUGAGGACAACGGUGUCAUCGAGUGCGUCCUGCGAUGA